GCUGCUGCUGCUUCUGCCGCGGCGUGAGGGGCCGCCGCUGUCACCCAGGUUACUUACAGACAACUGUAGAAGAACUGUAAUUGUGAUGCUUUAUGUUUGAACAAUGGCAAUGAAUGACAGCGUUAAUAUCUUGAACUCUGCUUACCUGGCGGUGGAAUAUAUAGACUCUUUCCUGCCUGACAAUCCCUUGCAGCAACCAUUUAAAAAUGCCUGGAAUUACAUGCUGGAUAACUACACAAAGUUCCAGAUUGCAACUUGGGGAUCACUUAUAGUUCAUGAAGUUUCAUACUUCUUGCUCUGUGUACCUGGAUUUGUCUUUCAGUUUAUACCAUACAUGCAAAAGUACAAAAUUCAGCAGGAUAAACCAGAAACAUGGGAAAAACAGUGGAAGUGUUUCAAAACACUCCUCUUCAAUCACUUUUUCAUUCAGCUUCCUCUGAUUUGUGGCACCUAUUACUUCACAGAGUAUUUUAACAUCCCGUAUGAGUGGGAAGAGAUGCCUAGAUGGUAUGUUCUGGUUGCCCAGUGUUUUGGAUGUGCAGUGAUUGAGGAUGCCUGGCACUAUUUCCUGCAUAGAUUGCUGCAUCACAAGAGAAUAUACAAGUAUAUCCAUAAGGUUCACCAUGAGUUUGUUUCUCCAUUUGGAAUGCAAGCAGAAUAUGCACAUCCUCUGGAAACACUUAUCCUUGGAACUGGCUUUUUUAUUGGAAUUGUUGUUUUCUGUAACCAUGUGAUUCUUCUGUGGGCAUGGGUGAUAUGUCGCUUGAUGGAAACCAUUGACGUACACAGCGGCUAUGAUGUUCCACUGAACCCUCUUCAUUUGGUGCCUUUCUAUGCUGGGGCCCGUUUUCAUGAUUUCCAUCACAUGAACUUUAUCGGCAAUUAUGCUUCAACCUUCACGUGGUGGGACAGAAUCUUUGGUACAGACUCUCAAUUCAUUGCCUAUAAAGAAAAAGAGAAGCAGCAGCAACUCAUAAUGAAGAAGAAGGCUAACUAAAUUUCCAGUGUAAAAAUUCUGAUGCUAAUACUGGUAGUCAACUUUUGCUUUUCUGUAAAGCAAAAUAGUGAUCGGGUGUUAAGCAUAAAUCUUGUUCCUUGGCUACUAAGUGGUAGGGAAAAACGGCUAAUUACACUGCGGUAUCUUCCUAAUGGGAAUGCUUUCUAUUUUAUACGUAAGUACUGCAUAUAUUUUAAUUACAGAUUUAAAGAUGAUGCAAAAAACCUGAGAUGACAUGUGUCUAUC